AUGACCACACAAGUUGAUCUUAUGCCAGAGACCACCACAGUGGCCGAUUGUGGUGAUGGUGAGCUCGAUCCAACCGAAGCAGACGUUCCAGAGACCACCACAGUGGCCGAUUGUGAUGAUGGUGAGUUCGAACCAACCGAAGCAGACGUUCCAGAGACCACCACAGUGGCCGAUUGUGAUGAUGGUGAGUUCGAACCAACCGAAGCAGACGUUCCAGAGACCACCACAGUGGCCGAUUGUGAUGAUGGUGAGUUCGAACCAACCGAAGCAGACGUUCCAGAGACCACCAGAGUGGCCCGUUGUGGUAAUGAGUUCGAACCAACCGAAGCAGACGUUCCAGAGACCACCACAGUGGCCGAUUGUGAUGAUGGUGAGUUCGAACCAACCGAAGCAGACGUUCCAGAGACCACCACAGUGGCCGAUUGUGAUGAUGGUGAGUUCGAACCAACCGAAGCAGACGUUCCAGAGACCACCAGAGUGGCCUUUUGUGGUAAUGAGUUCGAACCAACCGAAGCAGACGUUCCAGAGACCACCACAGUGGCCGAUUGUGAUGAUGGUGAGUUCGAACCAACCGAAGCAGACGUUCCAGAGACCACCACAGUGGCCGAUUGUGAUGAUGGUGAGUUCGAACCAACCGAAGCAGACGUUCCAGAGACCACCAGAGUGGCCUUUUGUGGUAAUGAGUUCGAACCAACCGAAGCAGACGUUCGAGAGACCACCACAGUGGCCGACGAACCAGCAACUUGUACUGACGAGGAACCAGAACCCACCGAAGCAGGCUGUCCAGACAUCACCACAAUGGCCGACGAACCAGCAACUUGUACUGACGAGAAACCAGAACCCACCGAAGCAGACGAUCCAGAGACGACCACAAUGGCCGACGAACCAGCAACUUGUACUGACGAGGAACCAGAACCCACCGAAGCAGACGAUCCAGAAACGACCACAAUGGCCGACGAACCAGCAACUUGUACUGACGAGGAACCAGAACCCACCGAAGCAGCGCUGUCCAGACACGACCACAAUGGCGACGAACAGCAACUU